AUGGCUGGCUGGUUUAGGCGGCUCCUGCACAAGCCCAAGCCCAGCUCAGUGGAGAGUAGCAUCAACACUGGUCGCUCUGCUUCGUGCUCGCCUUCCUCCUCCUCCUCCUCUGCUGAGAGCUCCGGCUACUCUCCCAGCAUGAGCCUGGCCAGAUCUGUCCACCCGUCACUCAUGUCACUGUCAGACAUCAAUGCCUCGGGCAGUGCUCGAUGGGCCAAGAGCUACGAUGUCUGCAUCUGCCACAGCGAGGUGGACCUGGAGCUAGUGGAGGAGCUGGUGUCCUACCUGGAGGGUCAACCCGAAAGCUUCCGUUGCUUCCUCCAGCUGCGGGACGCGAUGCCGGGACGCGCGGUGGUGACAGAGCUGUGUGAUGCCGUGCAAAACAGCCACUGUUGGGUCAUGCUUAUCACUCCCAGCUUCCUCCAGGACCCUUGGUGCAAGUACCAGAUGCACCAGGCCUUGGCCGAAGCUCCGAUAGCCAACGGGCGCACCAUCCCGGUGUUGAAGGACGUGGAUCGGAAGGAUUAUCCCAAGGAGCUGCGAAACCUCUACUACAUCUACAUGGCGCUGAAGGAGAAGAGCUUCAGGCAGAUCAGAGACACCAUCAUGCGCUAUCUCCAGGAGCUGUGCCGGAGCUCCGGGAGCAGGAUGGAGUAG